UUCCUUUCUUCAUUUUCCUCUUCGUAUUCCCACUCCAAGAGGGGUUUGGUUUCAUAUCCCAAAAAAGCUCCAUGGCUAAGCUUCUCGUUGCUUUCUUCUUGGCUCUCAUUGCCAUCUCCAUGCUUCAAACAAUGGUAAUGGCAUCACAUGGAAGAGGAGGUAACCAUUAUGAUCAGAAACGAUAUGGCCCUGGAAGUCUCAAGAUUAACCAAUGCCCUUCCGAGUGCACAAGGAGGUGUAGCCAGACCCAGUACCACAAGCCAUGUAUGUUCUUCUGCCAGAAAUGCUGCAGGACUUGCCUGUGUGUGCCUCCGGGGUAUUAUGGGAACAAGCAAGUUUGCCCUUGCUACAACGACUGGAAGACCAAGGAAGGAGGCCCCAAAUGCCCUUAAAUUUU